GAGCUAUCAACUUUGGACAAUCUCCUUUAAAUCUAUCACUGAAUUGGGGGUUUUCCAAAGACUUCACGACGUCAAAAUCCAGCGAUGGGCAUCUAGUCCGGUCUGCAUGGGAAACCUGGAAUUAUUGCUGAUCUGAAAUGGAGGAUGUAUCUCUUCCAAGAGCGACGGUGGAAAAGAUAGUGAAGGAAAUACUGCCCAAAGACAUCCGACUAGCGACCAACACUCUUGAUCUGCUGCUGGAUUGUUGUGGAGAGUUCAUACAACUGGUGUACUCAGAGGCAAACACUGUGAGCGAGGAGGAGAAGAGGUCCACAAUCAAUCCUGAACAUGUCGUGCGCGCUCUUGACAGCCUAGGUUUCAGCUCGCUCCUGGAAGAUGUUAAUGUCUUUCUGAAGGAAGUCAAAGACACAGACCAGAAGAGAAGUCUAAAGCGUCAUGACAGUAAGGCAGCGGAGCAGAAUAAAAUGAGCGAGGAAGAGCAGAUUGCGCUCCAGAAGAAACUCUUUGCAGAAGCACGUGCACGGACUUUGUCCUGUGCUUUGCCAGAUGCCGCUGUGAAUUCUGAAAUGCCAGGCACAGCAUGAGGCAGGUCACAAGCAUGAUGAGUUGUUAUGCACGGCCUGCGGCCUCACAUGCCUUCAAGUGGAGGGAACAUUUGCUGUGAUCUUGACCAAGGGUCUCUCUGUUGACCACUGAGAGUUAUGACAAUGAGGCAUGGUGCUUCUGGAGGAAAUUGCACUGGACAAGUCAAAGGAAUAUAACUUGAGUCCACACAGUUGCCGGUGUUUUCAUGUGUACACAUGUGCCACUGGCAGUAAAUCAUUUGAUGAUAGAUGAUGAUAGAUGAUCUGCAGCAUAACGGCUUGUGAGUGCAUGCCCUGACUUCGAGAUACAUUGCUAAUAUUGACAAUGAGGACAGUUCAAUUGUAAUAUUUAAUGUC